UUUAUGUUUGUGGGAUUAACCAGUGAAUAAUCAAGGAUUUUGCAUGUGGUGGAGCUGUCCCCAAAACUCACAAAAUAAAUUAUUUAUUCUCCAUUCCUGUGUGUGUGCAUCCUGUGUGUGAUUGCUAUGUGUGUUCUGAAUGUGUGCAUAUCAAGGCUAUGGGUACUCUGAGGGACCUGCAGUUUGCGCUGCAGCUGAAGAUCGAGGAGCUCCGUCAGAGAGACACUCUGAUAGAUGAGCUGGAGUUGGAGCUGGACACUAAAGAUGACCUCAUCAGACAGCUGCAGACUGAAUUGGACCAACACUGCAAAGCUCUACAACACCCAGGGACCACUGAGAACACAGGUAAGAGGUACCUGCCUGAUGAACUGCAGCGGACUAAGAGACAGGCAAUAUCAGCAGAACCCACUGCCCUGGACCCCGCCGAACUCAAACACGUCACACUCACCAACUACAGCAAGAGCGAGCUGUCUAGAGAGCUGAUCCAGAGGGCUCUGCUGGAGAAUGACUUAAUGAAACACCUGGAGCAGGGACAGAUUCAGACCAUAGUGGACUGUAUGCAUCACAACCGUCUGGCACAGGGCUGCUGUGUCAUACAGGAGGGAGACGAUGGAUCUCUGGUCUAUGUACUAGAGGAGGGUAAGGUGGAGGUUACUAAAGGGGGACAGAAGCUGUGCACCAUAGACCCUGGGAAGGUCUUUGGAGAACUGGCCAUCCUCUACAACUGUACCAGGACCGCUAAUGUUACAGGUUACACACACACACACAGGUUGGAGGCAGAGGCAGGGUUUUUCUCCAGUGUGUCUCUCACUGAUUUCCACGUCAUCUGCACCCUCGGACUAGGAUGCUUCAGUCGCGUCGAGCUGGUUCAGUUAAAGAGUGACACCAGUCGGUCCUUUGCUCUGGAGGUUCUAAAGAAGCGUCACAUUAUGGACACCAGCCAACAGGGCCACAUCCUCUCAGAGAGACGCAUUAUGAUGGAUGCACACAGCCCCUUCACCGUCAGGUUGUAUCGGACGUUCAGGGACUCUAAAUAUCUGUACAUGCUGCUGGAGGCCUGUCUGAGAGGAGAACUGUGGACUCUACUGAGAGACAGGUGGGUGUGUGUAAGUCUAGAGCAACUGCAAGUAAAACCUGACUGUAAACAAAUUUCUAGAUCACCUCUACUCCACACACAGAGACACAUGUGUGUGUGUGUGUUUGUGUGUGAGUUGCACAGGGACAACCCAUCUGAGAGGGUGGGGAACCUGAAGAACGGGGUGAAGGACAUCCAAAAACACAAGUGGUUUGAAGGUUUUAUUAACUGGGAGGGACUCCGACAGGCAACUCUGGCCCCUCCCUUCACUCCUACUGUGAAGGGUCCACUGGACACUGGCAACUUUGACUGUUUCCCUGAUGACAACGAGGACCCGCCCCCAGAUGACGAGUCUGGCUGGGAUCUAGAGUUCUGACUUAAAAACACACACUGAGUAUACCAAACAUUAGGAACACCUUCCUAAUGUUGACUCCAAUGCUUCCCACUGUUGUGUCAAG